UGCUCGACACAAGCUCCGAAGCCUCGCUUCAAACGUAACAUCACUAGCGCACAGCGCUAUUCUGGUAUCUUAGGGGAACUGACAGAUGGAGUCUGCUGAGAACACAGACCGUAAACAUUUACACGAAAGACGCUUAUGGAUGGACGACAAUAUAGAUUAUAAAUCUUAAAAACAAGACAGCGGACCAGACUGAUCGAUCCACUUUAGAAGUAGGAUUGAUUUAGACAGCUGUUCAUGGUGUUGGAGGGUCAUAGUCCAAAAAGGAGAGAGGGAGCGAACAGAGGGGAACAUCUGUGAACCCCCAACGGAGAGGAGAUCCAGCUGGACAUGGCACACCUUCGAAACCAGAAGUCCCGUCUAAACCCUGAGGAAUACUUCACUAAAUUGGAACGAAUUGGUAAAGGGUCUUUCGGAGAGGUCUACAAGGGCAUAAACAACGGCACAAAGGAGGUGGUGGCCAUUAAGAUUAUUGACUUGGAGGAGGCUGAGGAUGAGAUUGAGGAUAUCCAACAGGAGAUCACUGUGCUCAGCCAGUGUGACAGUUCUUAUGUUACAAAAUACUACGGCUCUUUCCUGACGGGAACUAAAUUAUGGAUCAUCAUGGAAUAUUUGGGAGGUGGUUCAGCUCUGGAUUUGCUGAAGCCAGGGCCUCUAGAGGAGGCUUAUAUUGCCACUAUCCUCAGAGAGAUACUGAAAGGACUCGACUACCUCCAUUCAGAGAGGAAGAUUCACAGAGAUAUCAAAGCCGCCAAUGUUUUACUAUCUGAACACGGAGAAGUGAAGCUGGCAGACUUCGGUGUGGCCGGCCAGUUGACAGACACGCAGAUUAAGAGGAACACAUUUGUGGGAACACCAUUUUGGAUGGCACCAGAGGUUAUCAAGCAGUCUUCCUACGAUUUCAAGGCUGACAUCUGGUCUUUGGGUAUCACAGCUAUUGAACUUGCCAAAGGAGAACCUCCAAACUCUGAACUUCACCCAAUGAGAGUCCUGUUCCUCAUUCCUAAAAACAAUCCUCCCACCCUGGAGGGCUCCUACAGCAAGGCCUUUAAGGAUUUUGUUGAAGCUUGUCUCAAUAAAGACCCAAGAUUUAGACCAACAGCCAAAGAGCUACUAAAACACAAAUUUAUUACCCGCUACACUAAGAAAACUUCAUACCUGGCAGAACUGAUCGAUCGCUAUCGCCGCUGGAAGUCAGAGGGCCACGGGGACGAAUCAAGUUCUGACGACUCCGACAUGGAUGGAGAGGGCGAUGACAGACAACAGUGUCCUAUGUGGACCUUUCCCACUGUGCGUCCCAGUUCCAUAAACAAGUUACAGAGAGGUCACAAUCAUUCAGAUAAUAAGACUACAGACGUCACAAAGAGGCAACCAAAGUCUUCAUCCCUGACAACUUUUAUCACACCAAUCUUCAGAGAGUUAAAAGAGAAUCGACCUGCAAGUGGGAACAAUGUGUUUGCUUUGGAGGAGCUGGAGAACGCUUUUAGCCUUGCAGAAGAGUCCAGCCCUGGAAUCUCUGAUCGUUUACUUCAUCACGUCAUGGAGAGAGUGUGCAGGUUUACACUCAAUGGAAACAGCUUGCCUUCAAAACGAUGAGUUCCGUCUGACUGCUGGUCAGCCUUGCUUAAAUAAAAGACUUUCCAAAAAAAAUUGCUUUUAAUCUAAAUUAGUUUUUGGAUUUGAACUGAUUUUGAAUUAAAGCAUUAGUAUUCAAAGAGA